ACACAAUAUGACUGUAAUCGCCGCUCGUCGUCCUAAUAAUAUAAUUCAGUUGUAAGUAAGUACGGCUCUUGGUCGGUUACGUGGUUUUUCGUUUUUAACGAUUUUUUGCGCGGCCUGUUUCGUGUGUGACUGUUUUUUUGGAAAAAAGUGCAGUGUGAACUUUUUUUUUUGUGUGGGGGAUUUUUUUUAUUUCUUUGUAGGAAGUUAAAAGUUUUUUUUUGUUGGUCUAGGUAACAUAAUGUAAAUACCCGAACAACACACAAAAAAAAUGUCUUCACAAAUAAUCCCCCACGCUUACCGACGAGAAUCAACCGACAUCCAGGACAAACCACUGGAAAUUGACACGGAAUCGAACCCCGACCGCAGCCGAUCCAACAGUCCAAAAAACAUGAAAUACUACAAACAAAUAGACGAAGAAAAAACUAUACUAAAUCAAGGAAAAAAAUCAUUUUGCAUUGACGCGCUACUUUCAAGACAGUUACCCGAAAGUAGCUUGCAAGAUAAAAUGGCGCAGCAAAAAUAUUUGAUCUACAAUAAAAAUUACAUAGGACGGUAUCAAGAGAAUUAUGAUUCUCAAAUUGAGCAGAAUAUGAUAAGCAAGUGUGAAGGCCGGGAUAGCCCAAGGUCUGGGCAGAGGAGCCCAAGGUCUGGGCAGAGCAGCCGGUCUGCGAGUCCAGGGUCUGAUGAUGGGAACAGGUCUGGGAGCUAUAGUCCCCCUAUUUCUCCGGGAGUGGAGGGGGGUAAUGAGGAGUAUGAAAGUUAUAGACCGGGAAUAAUCCCAAAACCAGGUCUUCUCCCUCAAAACCCGGCGCUGGUAGCAGCCCAGUCAGCAGCUCUCUUCAACUACCCUCAACUGUCGCAGCCCGGGGGCCUGCCGCCCGGGGCUCCGAUGCCGUCGGCCUUCCACCACCCUGGAGACAGGGUGCUGCAUCAUAUGCAGCUCGAGUGGUUGGCGAGGACCGGCAUGUUUUAUCAUAGGAUACCUGAGCUUGGAGGUGCCCCCCACGCUCUCCUCGGCAAGACCCGGAGACCCCGCACAGCCUUCACGUCGCAGCAACUCUUGGAGUUGGAGAAGCAGUUCCGCAUGAACAAGUACCUCUCCAGGCCGAAGCGGUUUGAAGUGGCUACUAGUUUGAUGCUCACGGAAACUCAGGUAAAAAUCUGGUUCCAAAACCGAAGAAUGAAAUGGAAACGUUCAAAAAAGGCUCAACAAGACUCGAAAAACAAAGAACCACCACAGACUGAGGACAAAAAACCCAAAGAAUUGCAAACCGAACAAGAAAAAACGCCAAUGGCGGGAGAUUUGACAGCUGUCAAACCUAUGUUAGACAGGGACAGAAUUAUCGCGCUAGAAAGAGAAAGAGCGAUGGCUGCUGCAAAUUUUAAUUCUAAUUUGGAAAAUAGGCGUGGUUUGGUUGUUAUGAACCAAGAUGGCGCACGUCCUAUGGAUAUGUUUAGGCCUUAUGUAGUAUGAGAGUAAAUUAACUUUUAGGUUUUUUAUUCGUUAGGUUUCUAAGGUAAAUGGACAAUUUGUUUUAUAUUUGUUUGUUUUUAAUUAUCUCCUAAACCAGUAAGGUUAAGGCGUUGGUACUAGAGGCUAUACUUACUCGAAUUUUUGAAUGUCACUCUAUUUUGAUUUUUUAUCACAGAUACAGCUACUAAAUAUAAGUAGUUUUGACAGCCACUUAGCCUCCCAUAUUCUUGAGUAGUAAUGUGAUUUAAACAGGUUUUUGUUGGGUCUCAUCUUCAUCCUCCUUCUAUCCCAAUUUUUAUUUGUAGUCAGCACAGCAUGUUUUCUCCUUCCAUACUCUUCUGUCUGCCGUCAUCUCACAAGUAACAUUCUUUCUAGCCAUGUCGACUUACACACUAUCCAUCCAUAGUUUCUUUGGUCCUCCCCUUCAAAUAUUAUAGGUACAAAUCAGAUUUUUUGGCUUUUUGAAAGGAUGACUUUUCCUGCUCAAAAUAGAGUGACAUUUAAUUUCGCGUUAAAAACAAGAAUGGUAAAAACGUAUACUAUAGUUAAAUAAAACUAAGUUAGAAUACAUUUCCUAGUCAAGAAUAGUGUAUAUUUCUACAUUUAUUGUUAAAUUAAUGAAUUAAUUGUGUAAAUAAUAAUUUUAUGCGCACAUAAACAUACCUAUUAGGGAUUAAUUUUUGACAUUUUUUAUUUGUCAAAGUCAUUUAUUUUACAUACAUAGGAACAAUACAUAAAUAUAUGUCUAUUCUAUUGUUAUUUCAAAUUCAAAUAAAAAUUUGCUUAAAAAAUGUGUCCCACGUUGGGUGCCAGAAUUUGUCAAGCAAGCUUUUUAUGUCAACAAUUUGACAUUUCAUAAUUGUCAAGUUAUUACGAUUUAUUUAUUAGAUCAGCUUAUAUAUUUUUAUGAUUAAUAUAUGGACUGAUGCUUGCCAAAAGUAUACAAAUUAAUGAUUGGUAAAUAUUAUUUAUUUAGUUUAAAAGAGUUUUCUGCCAUUAACAUACUGAAAUGAAGCUUGGAUUAGAAUCCUAGAUCAUUUUGUUCUUUUUAUUCAUAUUAGAAAAAAGACAAGACGAAUGAUUUAUUUGGUAAUUUAUUUUUUUACAAGAUUAUUAUUAUAAGAAUCAAGUCAGUAUUGAGUUUAAGUAGCUAUUAUUUAAUAUAAUUGAUUUUUUAAAUUAAUAUAUAUGUACUAACAAAACAUGAGACAUCUUUGAAACCAGUAUUAUUCUUUUAAGUUACUAACUUUUACCGAAUUUUGUAAAAAUGUAAUUAUAUACUUAGCUGUAGUUUAUUAUAAGAUAUAAUAUGGUCAUACUGAUAAAGUGCAAUAUACUAUAUUAUCUAUACUAAUAUAUAAUAAAGAAGAAACUUUAUUGUUUAUUUGUACCCUUAAGGCUUUAAAACUACAGAACCGAUUUGAAAAAUUCUUUCACUUUUGUAAAGCUAUGUACACUCUUCCCGAGUAACAUAGGCUCCCGAGUAACAUAGGUCAUCCUAGUACGGGAAGAAGUUCCGUGUGUGUUAUACCGCAAAGAAACGCUAGUUAAUAAUUAUAUUUAGUAACUUUUAUAUUUAUGUUUAUCUCGAAUACGCCAACGCAGAUUUUGAUAAAAUUUUGCAAACAAAUUGCUUAAUUAUGAAAAACCAGUGAAAAUAAUAAACAGUAUGACCAUAGCCACAUAAUUUAAGUUAAAAUUGUAAUUAGCUUUAAGAUAACUAUAACCAAUGACAUGAAUAGCAUUUAAUUAAUAUAAUAAUUAACAAUAAGGUGUAAAUUACGUUUCUACAUGGAGUCGUGUACCAUAAUAAGAUGAUAAUCGUAAUAAAUUAUUAUAUAUGCAAAUUAUAAAUAAAGAUAUAGUUGAUAUGUUGGAA